AUGAAACGCAAUAUAUUAUUCCCUUUAUUACUUAUAAUCGCAGUGUUAAAUGCUGUAAAUUCCCUGAUAAAAAAUGGAAACAAUAACUCACAACCCUUAGUCCCUGAAAUAAACACAGCGAAAAAUGCCAAUCACAACGAAGAUACCUGUGAAAUCCAAAAAAUGGCAGAAGAAAUGAUAGAAAAUUUGUUGAAUGAAAAAGAUGUAUUAACAUUAAUAAUGGAACCACUACAAAAUAAAUUAAACGAUGAUUAUAUAUGUGAACCAGUAAAAUAUAAUAACAUUUGUAUAUAUGAAAAAGACAAAACCCCUUUAACAUUUCAAUGUACAAGUGAGAAAUAUGAAAACUUAAUUCAUCGAUUUACUUAUAAAAAAUUGUGCCGUUCAAAAAUAACAUAUUGUAAUAUUUUAUUAAAAUCGUUUAUUGAUAAGAAUAAAGAAAGCAAUACAUUUGAUACUAUAAUAAAUAAUUACAAUGUUCUAUUAAGCUGUGUUGAUAGUGAUUUAAAAGCAAUUUAUAAAGAAUCAAUAAGUUUACUUUCCGAUUUAAGAGAUUCAAUUAUAGACAUAACCGAAAAAUUAUGGUCUAAAAAUAUUUCAGAUGUUUUUAAAAAACGAGAACAAUUAAUUACAGGAAUAUUUUGUGAACUAAGAAAUGGAAGUUCAUCAAAUUUAGUAUCUCAUGGUUUAUCAUAUGAAAAUUUUGGUAUUUUGAAAAUUAAUAAUGAAAAAUUAUUAAACCAGGCAUUUAAUGCAUUCUCGGAAUAUUAUUAUUAUUUUCCAUUAUUUGCAAUUAAGUUACUAGAAAAAGGAGGAUUUGUAGAAAGAUUAGUAUCUAUUCACACAAAUUUAACAAAUUAUAGAACUAAAAAUAUAAUCAAAAAAAUUAAUGAUAAAUCGAGAAAUGAAGUUUUAAGUAAUGAUGAAUUAUUCACAAAUUUAAACAAUUAUAAGCACCACAACCAAAAAAAUACAAAUUCAUUCAUUAAUAUAACUGGAAUAAAUACAGAAGACAUUUUAGUUGAAGGUAUUAACAAUUCUAAUAAAAUAGAUUCCAACCUACGAAAUAAUUCAACCACAUCUAUGGAAUCAAGAAAUACAAAUAUAUUACCACCAAAGGACACAAAUACCAAUAAUCUAGAUAAUACAAAUUUAAGUAAUCCAUUAUCUUCCCCAGAACUAUUAAAAACAAAAGAUGUUUCUGAAUUAGUAAAAGAUAUGAUAAAAAGCUUAAACAUUGUUAAAUUUGAAAAUGAUCAACCAACUAAUAAAACCGAUGAAGAAGGAAUUAAAAAACUUAUAGAAAACUCUUUUAUGGAUUUAAGUGAUAAUUCUAUGUUAGUUCGUUUAUUACUAAAACCACAAGCAGCAAUAUUAUAUAUAAUUCAAUCAUUUAUUCUUAUGACCCCAUCCCCUACCCGUGAUGCUAAAACAUAUUGCAAAAAGUCGCUAGUUAAUGGCCAAUUAAUUGAUAGUUCAGAUGCAAACAUACCAUCAGAAGAAGAUGAUUUAAUUAGUAAUUUUGCUAGUAAAUAUAAUUUAAUUUAUGAAAAAUUAAUUGUUGAGGAAUUAAGAGAAAAUGAACAAAAUACAAAAACAUUAAAAACGUCGCAAACAAAAUUAUCAGCAUUAGAAGUUCGUAAUACACAAAAUAACAAUCCAAAUGGAGGAAAUACAAAUUCUCCAUUAAUUGCAGUAGUAAGUGAUCCAGUUGGUGAGGAAACUGAUGCUAUAAUAAAUGAUAAUGUUAAUCUAUCAGCAUUAUCAAAUGAUAUAGAACAAACAUUUAAGACUUUAAGUUCUAAGGGCACAAGUUUUUCUAGUGUUUCUUAUGUCCUAUUUGCUUUGUUUUCUAUAUUUUUAUGUUUCAUUUAA